AUGAUGAUACCAAUGACAUCAGGAUGUCUUCAAACGAUACCAGGCGCCACACCAGCUCCCACAGAUUGCUGUCCAGAAGUGCCAUUGAUUCUGACGAAUAGUGCAUUCCCGGAUGGAGCAAUGACGUUUGCGUACGAUAGCAACACGUGUCGGACCACAGCGACGGCCACUUGCUCUACCACAGACGCCUCCCUGGACUUAUAUGCUGCAAUUGUUGGAAAUGAGGUUAAUUAUCUGGAAUAUGCUCAGAAUACCGCGACGACUGCGUUUGUGUGCUCAGGAGGGAGUUGGACAUUCACUCGUGAUGGCUCAACGCUGGUGCUCACUUCCGUCGAGUGUAUUCUCACAAAUCCGCCAACUGGGCGGAAAUAA